AGAUAAACAAAGAUAAACAAACACAAAACACGUUUAGAAACUUAAAGGCAUAACACAGAGGAACUCUUUCUUGACAGGACACUUGUUUUCAUAAGAAAAUGUUAUUCAAGAAAAUAUAUUUACUGGAUGUCUGUGUAAAUACAUGACCUUUGAAAUGUAGGAACAUGAAAACCGCUUUAAAAAACUGAAAUGAGAAACCUUCCCUUCCUAAUUAUAGAGCAGAAACUGCUGUGUCUCCCUCUAGCGGCAGCUAUUGGGCAUUACAUUGAUUGCGAAUGCGAAGCGAAGGCAGAGCGAGGGCAGCGUCGCGGGCUCCCGUUCAAAUUCACGCCCUCCAUCCAGUCGGUCCCGGUUCAGUUUAGUUCUGCAGCCAUUUGGACAAAAGUUCGUGUUACUGAGGAAGUUCGUGACGUCAAAACGAGCCGUGGGAGACUUCUGUGGUGGACGAAAGCGGCCAAACUCGCCGCAUUUGCGCAUCAGCGAGACGUUUGUUUGUGUUUGACAAAGAAAACCAAAGUGAGGUGGGGGUGAACGUAACUUCCUUCCUUCCUGUCGCUUCAGUAAGUUGGUGCUCACUUUUGGCCGCAGUUGUAGCGCAAAGAGUGGUGAAGAAGAUGCUGCGCAAAAGUGCGCCGCGCCGUUUGGAACCAAACGCGUAAAAAAAGAAAAAAAAGCGCCAUGAUCUGUCAGCCAACGCGUCGCGACGAUGCUUUCACGGAAGGAUCUACAGGAGUGGUGCCGCAUCACAUGCGCCGGGUACCCCAACGUGGACAUCCAGAACCUGUCGAGCUCGUUCAGGGAUGGACUCGCGUUCUGUGCCAUCAUCCACAAACACCGACCUCACCUCAUAGAUUUCAGUUCCCUCUCUAAAGACAAUGUCUAUCACAACAACAGACUGGUGUUUGAGGUUGCAGAAGCAAAACUGGGAAUCCCUGCACUGCUGGAUCCGAAGGACAUGCUGUCCAUGCAGGAGCCUGAUGGUCUGAGCGUCAUCACCUACCUGGCUCAGUUCUACUGGGUCUUCAACUGGAAGUCUUCCGAUUCCUCCCCAUCACGGCUUUUAAGGAACGUCACAAAGACUUCUGGAGAAACUCCUGACGCUCUCAAGCCUCUGAAGAGCUCUGCGGUUCUGGAAACCAGCAGAGAAGGUCGCUGUGCGAACACGGGGGCGCUGGCGGCGUGUGGUCUGUGCUUCAAGCCUGUGCUCCUCAUUCAGAGGCAUCUGGUCAACGGGAAGAUCUACCAUCGCAGAUGUCUAAGGUGUAAGAUUUGCCGCGGCACGGUUUUACCAGGAUCCUACACACAGGGAAGUGAUGCCGGCUCCAUGACCUGCUCUUACCAUGUCACCAAAGAUGUUCCUCCACCACACAAGUCUCAGGCUGACGUCUACUCUUUGAGUGGGCUGCCGGUCACCAGCGUGCCUCAGUACACCCAGAAAAUGCCCAGUGUUAAAGAGGGAGCUGAUGAGAACAGAGGAGUCCAGAAGAGCGGAUCAUCUUGUGCUCAGGAGACAAACGGAAAAACUGUUUCCACUCGGAGCUCGGACUCGUCUUUGGUUCCUGUUCCUGCACCCAGAGGCAAAGCUGCCCAGACAGCCAAGGGCGACGCUGCUGCAGGUGUUUCUGGUAACCAUUCUGCAGCAAGCUCUUCUCAAACGCCGAUCUUUGACAACAUCUCCCUAAAGACGAGCCCCAAAGUGAAGGCCAACCACCCAUGGAUGAACUUCGUGCACCCCGGACCCUGGACCCAGCUGCCCCCAGCUCCGGCUCCGUUGCCUGUGCCUCGAUCCAAACCCGUCUCACAACCGCCCAGGUCAUGGAACGAACCGAGGAAAAAAGCGUUCAAUCCGUUUGAAGAAGAGGAUGAAGAGGACACUUCGGAGACUGGUAGGACUGAAGCUCCCCACCAGACCAAAGCAGCUGUUCUUCCAGCUGGAGAUGAAGGACCUGCGUUUGUUGAGCAGAAAGACGGUUCCGUUCCAGCAGAUGAAGCUCAUUCCACAGGAGCUGUGACGGCCGAUCACACCCACAGAGAGUCACAUGAACAGGCUGCAGUUAUAAAACACACAGAAGUGUCAGGUGUGACGAAACAAACACCAAACCCCGACUCCUCUUCAAGAUGUAGUUUACCCAGAAGUCUCUCUGUUCCUGCUGUCACAUCGGAGGAUGCUCAAACUGGGACAACAGAGCAAGCCUGCAAAGAUACUCCUCUGGACAGAAAAGCUCGGAUGUCCAAGUCACAGACUUUCUCAUCCAGUCGCGGUCCAGCUCCAGGUCACGGCUUCCCUCUCAUCAAGAGGAAGGUGAGGACAGACCAGGAUCUGUGCAUGAAUGACCUACAAGUCCAGCUGAAGGAGCUGGAUAAAAAUCUGGAGUUUCUGGAACAACGAGGAGUCGAACUGGAGAGGAUUGUCAGAGCGUGUUGGAAAGGCAAAGAGGAGGAAAAAAUGCUUGCAGAGUGGUUCUCCCUCACUCUUGAGCGACUACUUCUGUCACGCAAAAGCUCAGAACUGGUCCAUUUGAUGAAGCAGCAGAAUUUGGAAGACAGACAGGCGGAUGUGGAGUUUGAGCUCAGAUGUCUGCUCAACAAACCAGAGAGCGACUGGAGUCAGGAGGAUCGAGGUCGUGAGCAGCAGCUGAUGGAUGAGCUGGUCGCCAUCAUAGAGCAGAGAAACCAGAUCGUGGAUCAGGAUCAACAGAGGGAAAAAAAUGAAAAUGUGCUUUUGGGAGAAAAAAUGAAGAACAGAGAUGAUCCAAAGGAAGGAGUGAAGGAGCUCAAGAAGUCAAAAGGAAAGUUCAAACCUGCACAGGUGUUCAAAAUCCUGAACAACAAACCCGAGAGCAGAAAGAACUCAGGGAGUAAAAAGGACUGAAGAGCUGCAGGAAUAUUCUGGUCAAUUCAUCCACUUUGAGUUCAGUUUCUCAUCUGUAGAAGUGAAUCUGGAUUAUACAGAAAUGUGGGGCUGGUAUGAGCUCUCAUCUCUUUGGCACAUUCUGUUCUGACUAUUUACAAAAUCUAAGAGAAAAUCUCAGUACUUGGAAGUAGAAAUAAAUUGUUACUGAUGUUUACUUUUUUUU